AUUGACGGUAGUUGUUUACAUCACAAAACAAACGCAAAGCCGGUGACACAAAGUAGUGCCAUGAAUGGUGUCGCGAGAGGAAAGUUGGGGAAACUUUUACUAACGAGAAAGGUUUCUAGUGUAUCUAAACAACAGAAUGUGCCAAAUUCAAGCGAUGGCGGUGCAAAUAGUUUGUCUCCAAACGAACGUAUACCCGAGGCUACCAAACAAGGAGCUACUGCAGAGGAUCACCCCAUGCACGAGCCAGAGCUAUCAGAGAGUGAUUCAGAUACAAGCAGUGUUGGCGAUCAUCUCGUUGAUCCGAGUACCAUAAAUCUGGAUGAAACAUUCUUUACGCAAUCAUUGCAAGGUGAAUUGUCAGGACCCGAUAUGAAAGAUUUUUACAUCAGCAAGGAUGAUGAUGAAGUGUCCGAGCUGUCUGAAUCAGAGGAUGUAAAUGCUAUGACCGUUGAAGAGGAAGAUCAAAUGAACCAAAUAUUAACUCAGGUAUCUGAUUACGACAGGAUGAUAAAGGAAGUUAACGUCUGUAAUCAGUCAUUGGAACGUAGAAGGAAGGAAAUGGAAACGUUCCAGCAGACGCAAAUGGAUGUUCCGUUCCGGCUGACUCAACCAGGGGAAGUUCAAGGGAUUCCGUGUGCAGAAGAUGAUCUCGACUGGGAACAUGUAGCUGAACAGAAUGCUCAAACUGAGCAGGUAAACAACUUCGAGAUCAUCGUCUCUAGCAGCAUGCAAAAGACUAAACGCGUGCUGGAUGUAAACGAAAAGUUAAAACGUUUAGAACAGGAAUUUAAGAGAAAAAUGUUCCUAAACACACACAAAACGCAUCUGCUACUGCUGCUCGCGUAUGGCAUUCGAAUUAACAAAACGGUCAAUCGUGGCAUUAUUCAAUGUGCUUCGGAAUUGUAUGAACUGAUUGGAAGUAGCGAAAUUGCCAUGGGCGAAAGAGUGAGUCGCGAUUUUAUCCAAUCAGUAACCUCACACUAUAAAACUGUGAUGAAGCUUACCAAAAAUGCUCCACGAAACAUCAACCAGCGCGAUGCCUUCGAAUGCCAGCUUGCUGCCCGCGAGGUUACUUCACGGAAAAUGCUCAACGUUAUUCUACUCACUCUGUUGCGUUUUCUGAGCGUUCGCGCAAGACUGGUGAUGAAUCUGGAUGUGGUGCCGAAACAACCUCCUACUGUUAAAUCUGUUCCGAAGGAGAAACGUUCCAGCGCUGGACCGGAAAAUAUCAACGCCAUGCCUCGCUACGGGAAUGUUCCACUUACAACAACAGAAAUACUCAAGCGUAAACCGGAAAUACAGAAAUUGUUUCAACUGUCACAACUCGAUGGUGCCGAUGAGGAAAUAAUAUCGAUCAAGAAACCACGAAUAGAACCUACGAUACCUAAACCCCGGUUGGGGAAAUUACUCUCAUCUUCAAGUGUAUCGAAAGCUCGCACGGAAACUACCACAAGAUCGGCGGAGAAUAUUACAAACGAGGGUCAAAAGGCGUUAAAGCUGACAUCUUCUAAAUACUUCCCGAAAAAGCAUCCAAAGACUCAAAUGAUUAGCGAACGCGAGAAUAUGAAAACGUGCACAGGAAUGCCAAACUUUGCAAAGCUGCGGAAGCAACAUCUUGGAACGGCUGGAAAAGAUGAUCGUACAGCAGAAGCAAUUCCACAAACGUCUUCCAAAUCUUCCAAAUACUUUCGAAAAAAGCCUUCGACACAACAAACUACGGACACGUGUGAUCGUGAAACUACAUCUAAGGAAGUGAGCAAACUGGUCAAACUUCGACAUCAGUCAACAGCAACUGCAAACGAGAGUGUGAAGAAAACGGAACAAAAAUGUCGUAUACCAGAGCUUGAUACUUGGAUUGAAUGUUAUCUUGAAAAAGAACGUCGUUGGACCGUGGUGGAAGCUGGGCUAGGAAGUACCGAUUGUCUGGACCCUGUAAUAGACCGCAUUCUUUCACCGCCGUUGUAUGCCAUUGCCUGGGAAGCGGAUGGAACCAUCGUCGACGUAUCACCGCGCUAUCGAUGGCGCAAUGAACAGCUUGCACUUAAGAACCGGGUCGAAGCGAAAUGGCUCCAAAAAACGCUUGCCCCGUACCGUCCUCGCGUGCUGGAUGAAGCCCAUUUACAGGAGCAGUUUGAAUUUCGACAGCUUAAACUUCGUGCACCAAAACCAACCACUAUUGCACAGUGUAAAAAUCAUCCUUCGUACUGUUUGCAUAGACAUUUGCAAAAAUUUCAAGCAAUCUACCCUCCCGAUGCUCCACCGUUGGGUUUUGUGCAGGGAGAGCCGCUUUAUGCCCGGGAAUGCGUACAUACGUUGCAUUCGCGUGAGGUUUGGCUACGGCAUGCGAAGGUUAUUCGACAUUUCGAGCAAGCGUAUAAAAUUGUACGCACCAAACUGAAGCGUCAGCCGGCCGAUCUGGAAUUAUUCGGCUACUGGCAAACGGAAGAGUACAUCCCGCCGGAACCCGUCAAUGGUAUUGUGCCGCGCAAUGCUUAUGGCAAUAUAGAAAUCUUCAAGGAAUGUAUGCUACCCAAAGGCACGGUGCAUCUGAAGCAUUAUGGAUUGUCGUACAUUUGCCGCAAGCUUGGAAUCGACUAUGCCGUUGCAGUGGUUGGUUUUGGCGUGCACGCUGGUGGUAACCAUCCCAUAUUUGAUGGCAUUGUGAUAUGUGAAGAACAUCGCGAUCGUUUGCUGGAGGCUUGGCAGCGCCAUCAGGACGAAGCGGCACAGAAAAAGAUAGAAAAGAAACAAACUGCAGUGCUAAAAAAUUGGGUGAAGCUAGUGAAAGGAUUGCUAGUGCGAAGAAGAUUGAAACACAAGUAUAAUUUCGAAGGAAUGUAGGAAAUUAUGUUGUUCAAAUGAAAUCCUUGUACGAUGGUAUUGUAAUAUUGUUAGUGAGAUUUAAAAAACAAGAAUGUUUCAUGAUGAUCUUCACCUGAAGGAACCGCGAUGAAUAUUCAGCAUCGACAAUGAAUCUCCAAUCAUGUAAGUAAAAAGACAUUUGAAGAGAAAUUCUUCAAUUGAACAUAUUUAAUCCUCUUGGUUAUUGCAAGUGUACAACCUACAGAUCCUUUUUCUUGAU